CUUCCUUUCAGCACAUAUUUCGUUGAAUCUGAAGGGUUUGUUCAGGAAGCCGGUUACCACCAUUUUUUUAAGACAAAUAGACUUUAUUUCUUAAUUAUUAUUAAUUCUUUGUCUUAAUUCUGUUUAAUCUCGAGACAAUUCUUGUUAUAAGUAUAAAUUCGGUUCAGCUUGAAAAUCUUCAUUUCACUACUGAUUAUAUUUGAAUGGCGACAAUUUUUUUUCAUCGAAUUGCAUUCAUUGUCCUUACCCUUGACAUACAUUGACUGUCUCUUAACAAGGCUUAUAUUGAUCUAGCCUUCCGAUAAUUUUAGAAAGUAAAGAAUUUGGAACUUUAUAUAAUCUUCUCUUUAAUCGUCUUGCUAGUCUGUCCUCCUUUAAUAAGUGUAUUUUACGACCAAUUAUCAGACCGCGUUGAACUAUUUUUUGCCCUAUUUAUUUGACAAGCUUCGAAUAUUUUCAACCUGAACAUGCAGAAUGCACGUCAAUUACAGGCGAACACAUUAAGUUCUCGUAGAAGCUCCUUUGCUCAUCCCGUUCCUAAAGCUACAGACCAUUCAGAUGGAUCCUUUGAGAAAAGCCAUCGUCGAUCGCUGACUUAUCUUUCAGAGUUCUCUGCGUCUGUAUUUGGUGCACAAGCAAGGAGAAAACCUGGAAGUCGUCGCUCUUCUACCCAAGCAGCUACCGAUGCUCAAUCCGAAGACGCUUUCAAAGCACCACGGCGACCUCGUACAAGUCGCCGAUCUUCACAACUUCCUGAUACUUGUAAUGGCUUACCUAUCACACCAAAUGAAAGCAGAUUUGAUCAUGCUAAUAGCUAUUUCUCAAAUUCAUAUCUAGGCGAAUAUCAGCAGCAUCCAGAAACUCAUAAUUCGCUUCAAAAAACCACUUCUGCUGAUCAUGUUAACAUAGAUGAUAUUGACCGUACAAGUGCAUAUGCUAUUAGUCCAGGUGACACUACUACAGCUGAACCUCCUCAGCUUAAUACGCCUAUUCACUUAAGCCGUCCCCCGUUGCAAUCUAGGUAUAGUUCUAACAAAGCUUUCUUUCAGGCAAGAGGCCUUUGUACAGACGAAACUUUGGUCACUCCUCCUGGAUCGGCCUCAUCUACUACUGCUGAAAACGCAGAUCUAAAUCCAUUCGAUAAUCUUAAAGUUAAUGGCUAUUCUUCGCAUCCUUUAGUUAAAGAACCAUCGCUAUUGUCACCGCAACCGAAGGAUAGUUCUCUUGGUCCUUUUACUCCGGACAUUGAUACACAAAUUGCCCAGCAUCAUGAGCCCAGAAGACGUGAAGAUAGCUUUCGCAGUCAUCGUGACAGCAUUAGUUUUUACUUUUCAAAUAGUGAGGAUCCUUUUGAUGGAGAGGAUUCCGAUCUGGAAUCCGAAACUUUAACGCAUAAUUGGGGGCAAUCUGUCCUCUCUUUUCCAUCCUUCAUCGAUAAUGAUUUGAUGACUAAUCCUAAGAACAAAGAACGCUUUGAAUGGCAAUAUAUGCUGAAUUCUGUUCUCACGAGUGAUAUUGUGAAAAUUGAAAAACUUCGUCUUCGAAAAAUAGCCUCUUCACGAAAGGAUGAUGAUAGCAAUUAUUCUGAGCAGUUAUGGUUAGAAAUAUGGUGUUGGUUAACACACCGCUCUAUUGAUCACCAAAAAGAAAACUUAAAAUACAUGCGUGGGGGUAUGAUAGAUUUACUAUUAGCAAUACUGAAUUUUCGUUGGGAAGAGGAUCACCAAGAUACACCGAUAGAGGCUGUUGAUCGAUUACUGAACAAACUAGAGAAAUAUGAAAGGCUGUAUCCGUCACGGAGGGCUAUACUUGCAGAUCAUAGUCUUUAUGCUUCUGAGUCAUUUCAGCGUAAACUAGAUGUCCUUACUGCUUACUCUAAUAGUAUACAUGCAUUGCUAUUACAAACCAACAUUUUACGGAAUUGGGUUGGAAAUGAUGAUCUGGAUAUAACCCGAAAAAAAACUCACUUAUCGAACAAUUCAGCACAAAUCUCAGACGGUCCUUUUGUGGAACGCUUGUGCCGUGAAUGCGGAUUGAUUCGUUCAUUUGAGAUUAAGAUCAUGGUUAACUUGAACAAUAACCUUACAAAGGUUUGUAAUACCUUGAUAACUUACCGUGAAGAGUUAAACCAAUGCAAUCUGCCUCGUUAUGUGGAUGAGUAUUUGCGUUUGGUAUCGUUUCCAUCAAAGCUAAUAAAAGAAAUUCUAUGUUUACGCAUGUCGUAUGCUGAGAGUAUACUAAACGUGUCGCCGUUUACUAUAGACUCUCUUCUUUAUGACCUUCGCAGCGCAAUGAGCUUAGCUGUUGACAUUAUGCAACAACAUGCUGUUCUUGUUGAUCAAAUAUGCAAUGAUCAAUUGACUUCAGAUAAAAGUCAGGCUUUAAAUGAUGUUCUGGUGUCAUCGCUCAAAGUAUAUUUCGACCUUUUAAAACGAAAAGUAAACAGAGGGUGUGCUUUACAUUGCUUUAAAGAAACAGAAGUUUUGGAAGACGAAUGGGACUUUUUAUCGAGCAUAUGUCCUUUUAUUCAAAAUGGAUAUCAACUAAUGACGAAGAAUCUGACCAGUUUUGUGAGUGAUAUACUAGUUAAUAUUAAUCAGUACUUGAAUGAUCAACUAGAAGAAACAAGUUUAACAGACCCCGGAAUGAUUACUUCCUUUUACAUACGAACGCUUGAUUCUGUCAGGAUACGCUUCAGAAAGUUAAUGAAUUAUGCUCGAACCCUAAAGUCUUGUAUGGAAAAUUCAAGUGAGUAUGUUAUACGUGACGAUGCAUUGCCAAUCUUGAUUCAACGGCUCUGUGAAUCAAAUCACGUUCUGACUUAUACUGCAAGUAUUGAACAUGAAGGUGCAUAUGUCAUCGUUCCUGGGCAGCUUGAGAACACUCCGAACGUGUUACGAGAUGUUCUGUCUAUGACCUUUAAUCAGAAUCGCUUCCAAUACGAGGGGAUGAUUCCAUAUGUGAUUGUACUCUCCCCCAAUACUUCCAUCUAUUGGACGGGACGUGUGAUGGAUUUGGAUGUUCCCGAAGUUUCCAUAUCUAUGGCUCCUAAUCGUGUAAGGUUGGUUACUGCGGUUACUGGAGAGCAGCUGGUUGUGGCUCAGGAGUUAUUCAGUGAGUUGGUUGGUGAUACCAUCAGUUUAGAAAACCCUUCUAAAGCGAAUUCUUCCCUUGUCAAUAAAGAAAUGACGAGGACAAAAAAACACGCUCUUAAGUUAGCAUUAUCCUUACUUGAUGCUAUUCAAUUAAUCCGCACUCGUUAUCACGGCCGUAACUGUCAAAAUUUGAUUCAUUAUUCUUUUUCAUAUGCUAUCGAAUUUGCACAACGUUUAAUGAGACUUUCUAUUUUAGACCCGUCAAGUAUGGGACCAAUAAGAAGAAGGAUGAUUAUGCUAGCUAUUAGUUGGGUGGGUUUUAUUUAUGAUGAUUGCUCCCCGACUGACCGAAAUACUUUCCGAUGGACUGUAACAGCGUUGGAGUUUGCAAUGAUUAUGACCUACGGGUCAAAUAUAUUAAUGAUUGACAGAAAGGCAUUUGAAGAAUUAAGAGACAAGGUCGGAAAGUGUAUGGCUCUCUUGCUUUUACACUUUGAUGUAAUGGGUUCCAUCAAUAAUGUGGAGAAUCCGGGAGUAGAGAUUCCUUUCCGUUUAAUCAGGCAUAAUCCGAGACAAAUAAGGUUUAAGGAUGAAGAGGGUAGUAGCUUUAUGAAAGAAGAGGUUAUGCAACAUAUCGCCGAACUUGAAGCUCGUCGCAGGGAGCUUUUAACUCGUUCACAGUUAAUUGGGCGUGUUUUAGAUGAUACCAGUGAGGAAAAUAGAUUACUAAAGGAACUUGCUUCUGCAAAAUCAAAUAUAACAAUUCGAUGGCAACAAGGCGAUGUUAUCGGUACUGGUUCUUUUGGUACUGUUUAUCGAGCUGUGAACUUAGACACUGGCGAUUUAAUGGCAGUAAAGACAGUUGCUCUUCAUAAGCCACGGAUUUCAAGAUCAUUAAUUAAAAGGAUUAAAGGUGAAAUGAUUGUUUUGGAAUUACUUGAUCAUCCCAACAUUGUAUGUUACUAUGGUAUAGAGGUUCAUCGUGAGAAGAUUAAUAUAUUUAUGGAGCUAUACCAAGGGUCAACCCUUGCUGAGUUUUUACGUUAUGGAAGAAUAGAGGACGAACUGGUUAUUCAAGUUUAUGCCUUGCAAUUACUGGAAGGAUUAACUUAUAUACACUCAUGUGGUGUUUCUCACCGAGAUGUCAAACCCGAAAAUAUUCUGUUUGACCACAAUGGUGUCAUGAAAUUUACUGAUUUCGGAUCAGCAAAGAUAUCAGUGCCUACCGCAUCGAGAAUUUAUGAGCAAUUGACUCUACAAGAAAAAGAAGAAUAUGAAAAAGAGUUUCCUGAGAAUCCUGUAGCAUCAAAUUUUCACCGAGAUAAUGCUAUUACUGGUAGUCCUAUGUAUAUGGCACCUGAACUACUGCUUGGUACGGAUACGGAUAAAGUAGGUGCGAUGGACAUAUGGUCGUUAGGUUGUGUCAUUGUGGAAAUGGCUACUGGUUCGCCUCCUUGGCCAAAAGUUGAUAAUCGCUUUUCGCUCAUGUUUCAUAUUGCGACUUUAAAUCCUCCCAUUAUACCUCAAGAUGAUCAGCUAUCUCCUAUGGGCCAAAAUUUUCUCAAGCGAUGCUUCGUUACAGAUCCAGAACAGCGGGCUACGGCUACGGACUUGUUGAUGGAUCCCUGGGUUUAUGCACUCAGAGUGGGUACAGAAUUUGAUCUAGUAAAUAAUACCACCAAGUCGAACCAGGAGACGUACUCCAAUAGUGCAACGCCGAUAGAGCUAUGAAAACAGCAGAGAAAGAAAACAGUUCUCCGAUUUUCAUUUAAUUCUAUGACUACACCGAACAACGCUCCGCUAAUUUAAUGUUAUGUACGCUAAUUUUUGAAUACCUCCAGUUAUGUUUUUUGGUUCAAUUUAUUUGAGCUUUUUUUUGGUUAAUAAAUGUUUCUAUACACAAUAGAAUAUUCAUGAACUAAAUGCUAACAUAUGUUGAAUAUUAUUUAUUAUUUCUCUUAGUUAAA